AAAUAAUAGUUACUUAAAAUGUGCUGGUUGUAUUUUCUUCUAGUAACUGUUUUAAUUUAUGCUGGUACUUGGGCAUCUUCAACAAUAAAAUACCAUGUAAAGUAUAUUACUUUUUCAUUGUAUUGCAUUUUUCUAGCUUGUGUAACAAGUCUCUUUUGCUUUAUAAAUCCACGAAGCUCUUACAACUUGGUAAUUGUGCAGAAAGCAUUAAAAAUAUUUAAUUUUGAAUGGUUAUUUGGUGUAAAUAUCACAAUUAAAAAUGGUGAAAACCUUAAAAAUUGUAAAAAACCUUUUGUCGUUGUUUCGAAUCAUCAAAGUGCAAUUGAUGCUCUUAUAAUGGUUAAAUCUUCACCAAAUGGAACAGCUCCACUUGCUAAGGAAAUUCUGUUUUAUGUUCCAAUUUUUGGCCAGGUCUGUUGGCUUUGUGGAACAAUUUUUAUCAAUAGAAAACAAGGUAAGGUAGCUAUAGAUAUUAUGCGAAAGGUUGGGCAAGAAAUGAAAAAAAAGUUGACAUCACUCUGGAUUUUUUCUGAAGGAACUCGGCACCAGCGUGAUGAAGUCAUGCCUUUUAAAAAAGGUGCAUUCCAUCUAGCAAUUCAAGGAGAAAUACCAAUCGUUCCAGUGGCAAUUUCUAACUAUAGAAAUGUUAUUGAUACCAAAAAUAAAUUGUUUGACGGUGGAUCUAUACGAGUGUACUGCUUACCACCAAUAACAACAGUUGGUCUUACUUCUAAUGAUGUAGAUAGUUUAAUGGAAAAGGUUCAUAAAGCAAUUUCUAACACUUUUAAUCAAGACCAAAGAGAGCAUCCUGAGUUAUAUAGUCAUUUAAUUCCGGUUAAGAAAUAAUUUUUUUUUUAAGUUUUAAUGAUCAUAGAAAGUUAAAUAAUUUGUCUUGUUAUAUAAUUUGAAUAAUGAAAGUUAUAUAAUU